AUGUUGGUACAUUGUUGUUGUUUUGUAGUUAAUUCAGUACGAGGAUCCUCGGCUGCUGGACGCUCUAUCCCCGCUGUGUCAACUCAGUCCUCCGCCUCCAUCCGAAACCCGCUCCGCCACUUUUUACUCAUCACGGUCCACAGAUAUCUGCGUCCACUGAGUGUGUCUUCUGUGAGAUUCUGGCCUGUUGUCCGCAUGCAGGGAAUGACGACUCAGUUUAAGGCGAGCAAAGCUUUAAAGGUCAAGAAGGAGGGUGAGAAUGCCCCGGCGGUCAGCGACGACGAGUUGGUGGCCAUGACGGUAAGGGAACUCAACCAGCACCUGCGUGGGCUCACCAAGGAUGAUGUAGCGAAGCUGAAGCAGCGGCGAAGGACCCUGAAGAACCGGGGCUACGCCGCCAGCUGUCGCAUCAAACGCGUCAGUCAGAAGGAGCAGCUGGAGAGACAAAAGAUAGAUCUCCAGCACGAGGUGAACAAGCUCGCCCGCGAGAACACCAGCAUGAAGUUGGAGCUUGAUUCCUUGCGAGCCAAGUAUGAGGCCCUGCAGUGUUUCGCCCGAUCCGUGACCCGCGGGCCCCUCUUGCCCGGCAAGGUGCAGAACACCAGCGUCAUCACCAUCGUCAAGUCCGCCCACCGCAACAACUCCAGCCCCAACCCGUACUCCACCGUGUCCUAGUGUUGACAGGACUGGGCUCUUCUCCUCCUGCCUGGUCCUUUCCGGUUCUGACCCGGCCUGAACCCACUCGCCCUGCACUGAGAGGACGCUCAGUAGUUAGACUAUGGGAUGGAAUGGGGUGGCAAAGCUUGAUGUGAUGUUAUGCUGCAAUCACAACUCUGUCUCUCUCUUUAUGUCUCUUUUACACAUUGUCUGUGCACUGUGCAACCCCCCCCCCCCCCCCCCGACCCCCCAGCACCGGCAGGGCCCCUGUGACCCUUCCUCCAUGACUGUAAGCAGAGAUUUUUCUUUUUACUCCAGUGUGGAAAAGUAUUUGACAUGCCUUAAUGUGGCGGCAAAGGCCCUGCUCUUAUAUUAUGAACCAUAACACUUGAGACAGUUUAUGUGACAGAAAGCUAUUUGCAAAGCCAAUGCCAAAUCAUAUUACCUUAAUGUGGAAGUGCCUCAAUGUAAAAUGAGCCUUUGAAGCCGUUGCCUUAAAAAGGACCCAUAAGUGAUCCUAUACAAUUAUUAUAGAGUUCUUACAUGGAUACUAACACAAAGAGGAUUUGUCGAUGUAUCGCAAGCUAAACACUUUGUAUUUUGCCCAUGUCUAUAAUUCCUUAUACAAAUAAUUAUGUAAUGCGUUAUAAUAAGCUUAUAGCCCUGUACAAUUAUAGUUAAAAGCACUUAUUCAAAAUGCUUCAUAACUUCAUAAUUGCUGGUCACUUAUUAGUUUUUUUUGCAAGACCAUGUCAAUUAUGAAUUACAAUAUUUGUAUCAUGCCUUGUGAUAAUACUUCAUAUAGUAUAUGAUUAUAAUGCAUUAUUGCACUUAUAAUACCCUAUGAACAUUGUCAAAAACAGUGAGUGACUAGUAGUUAUAAAGUUAUAUGAUACCUGACCUCCUAAGUCAUUAUAGUCAUAUGCAGUUUCAUAAAGGCCUCUACUCGUGAUGCGCUAUUGUUCAUAUUUCGGUCUUGGUUAUACAAAGUAUUACACAUUUUUACUUGGUGGUCAAUACCCUCUAUAGUAUGUGAGACAUCAGCAGUAGGUACACUACAGUAAAGACUUUCAUACUAGUGCUGACAGUGGUCUAACUUUGGAGUUUUGAUGUAACACUUUUCAUUUGUGUUUGAAACUUUCGUAAGGCCAGAAUUUAUAUGUAAGCCUUUGCUGGAUGAAAUUGACUCCUUUUGUUACAUGUUUUUUUAAAAGACCAGUGUUUCUUACUGUUUCUCCUAUAGCCCACUGGAAAGAUUAAUAAAUCACAUCCACAGGGUGUCUACAUCAGGUAUAAACAAUAAGCUUCUAAAGAGGCAAAUCUGAUGCACCUUGAGUUUGCUGUCAUUGAAGCUCAUCCAUGGAACACUUGACGUGCUGGCAGUUUGGUUUAGAAAUUAUUUCGAUUUGUAUGAGGGCCUGAGAUGAGGUGUGUAUGGCUAGGGUGUUUUAUGUAGGUGCUGGGCGUGAUUCUAUUGGUAUAUUGUGACCAUACCACUGGAGAAUUUAAAGAACUGAAUACUUAUUUCCCCCAAAUUGGAAUUUAUUUAUGAUUAUGCAGUUACGUGAUUGUUUGGAUUAGAAAUGUCAUCCAAUUUCCAUCAUUAUUUAGCACUUAAAACUAUUAAGAUGCAGUAUAAACAAAUCACAGGGCAACUGACUCCUAGAGUUGGAGUUGAAAGAAAAAAGAUUGAGUUAGUUGGUAGGAGAUUAAAUAUGUGACCAUUUACUGCCAGUCACGCCUUAUUGAACUAUUGGCUCUCUGAGAUGUAUGCCACAGCACUUACUGGGUGAUGGUUGGCCUCUUCCCUUUACAUGAAACUCUUUGGUAUGUUAUCCAUAUUAGAUGUAGUGAACAUGAGAGUGGUCCCUUCAAGUGAAACGCAAUUCAAUUGACUUCCUUUAUGUUACAGACUACCAAAAGCUCCCACUGCCUUCUUUGUCACUUAACAUCGAGAUCUCCGUCCAAAUAGAAAUCAUUCCUACUGCUGGUGUUGAUAUCUCUGAAGUCCUAGCUAUUAACCUUGCUUUUGACACACUCUUCUGCAAGAGAACUCCUGACGCCCAUCUCUAGAAACAGAGGUGUCAUGACAACUAAAUGCAGUAACACCUUCCUUCUGUUGUAAUUGUUUAAAAUAUUUAAGUAUGAAAUUCACUUGAAUUAAAGCCGUCCUUACCAAUAAUCCAUUCCUAAGUUGGAGUGAAGUCCAUAGAGAUUGUUCACGUCAGGAUUUUCUCUUUGCCAAGAGGACAUGACCGUUUUUCCCUGUUCCAGCUGCAAAGAACAUAAAGGGGAACUUUGCUGCUGUACAACCUGCUGUGAUUUCUAAGCAGGGGCAAUGCUGUGCUCUUACUAUUUUUGUAUUUUCACUUGAUUUCUAUUUUAAUACAUCCUAUGUUCUUUUUCUGAUACUUAGUUUAUAUGCAUAUACAGUAUAUAUGAAAAUAUAUAUAUUACAUAUUUUUCUAUAUUUAUGUAUUUUACUAUCCUGGGAGUGGUGUGAUUAUGAAAUCUUUCUUAAGACGUCAAAUUAUUUUGAUGCUGACUGUCUUCGGCCACAUUUACAAUGAGAUAACUAUUUUAAUAACUUCAAGUCUUCUUUGUGAGUUUUUAUACCACAUAAUUACGUCUUGUCAGCACAUUUUUUCAUUUGUCUCAUUCUGAAAUUGGACAGACCGUGACUAGGGUUACAUACAGGCUGCUGCUUUGACCUUUUUGAAUAUGUUCUAUUGUUAUGAACAAUUCAAAAUGUAAGAGCUAGGUUGGAACUCAAACUAGCUUAACAAAAUGUACCAUACAUUUAUUUUAGCGAAUCAAUUUUCUUUAACGUAGUACACAAUUCAACAAUCAUUGGUCUGAUGUGAUCAGAUACAUUUUCUUUUUUAUAAAUGAUGACAAUUUAUUCAAUUUGGGCCUUUCAGGGUCCAUUAGUUUAAGAAUAAAUGAGAAUAAUUUAUUAAGUAAAAAUAAAAUGUGCUCUUAUUUUGAGUAUUAACCUGGAUGUAAACCUAGUCAGUCGUUCUGGCCGCAAAGACGAUAAACUUUUCUAAAGACAUUUUGUCAACAGUUUAAAAUAAUGAUGGUGGUAAAGAUUUUGUAGUCUUGAUGAAACCUUACUGAAAAUGAAUUCUAAAGCUGCUAGAGACUGUUCACCCAGACUUUUUCAAGAAUUAUAUUUGAGUUGAGGUUGCAAAAGGUUUCACCGUGUUUAUAUAACACAGCUUGAAGAUUUUUCACACUUUUUACAGUGGCCUCUUGUGGUAAAGUUUAGAAUACAGUGCUGUAAAAUGAUGCAUUGUUUAAUUUGAGCACAUAUCACUGUAUUUUGAUCUGAAGUAGUUGCUUUUAGGCAGCACACCCUAAAGCAAUGCUCAGCUAUUCUUCAAAGUAAUGUUAUAUUUACGUACCGUGCCAUAAUAAGACAAACCUCUAUCCGGGUGAAUUAAGUACUUAAUGUUUAUCUUACAUCCAGUGUGACCCAGCAGAGGUCCAUUCAACCUUUGGGUAUUUUACCACACCAAAUAUUCUCCAGAUAUAAUAAUUGACAUGUUCAACAAGCCCCUUUUUUCCCGCUUAAAUAAAAGAAGACGUGCAAAUAAUUGUAGAAGUUUCUGGGAGAAAAGAGGUAUAAGCGUUACCUACCGUGGGUGUUUCUUUCUUUGUACAGUUGAAGAGAUGGCAGCUUGUUAUACAGUACCUAGGAGCUGUUUAAGACAUUGUUGGUUAUUUUAAAUUUGUAUAUGAACUAUAGCAAUGCAUAUGUAUGUAUGGAAAUGAGGUGUCUUGUAUAUUGUUAAUUUGGUGUUCAAGUUUUAAAUGCAUUUCCAUGAAAACACAUGUCCUUGAUUACAUAAACUGCCACAAACAAGCUUUUGCCAGUCCUACAAGCUACAGUAUUUAAUUUUAGACAUGUAGAAAGUCAGUUUUAGUAUUGUAGAGGUUUUGAGUAUAAAUUCAGAAAAAGCUCAAGGAAUGGAUAAUAGGGUUGUGGGUUAAAUGUUAAUUCAACGGCAGCAAUUCUACGUUACGUUUUUUACUUUUUAAUGGAUUUCCUUGUUCUAAUCUCAUAGCAUCAUGUUGAAGCUAAAACAAAGACAGAAAUAUAAAAGGCAGCAUAAACUGAGUAUGUACCCAUCACACCUUUUCACUAGUCUGCUCAUAUACAGUAUUUUAUAUUUAUUUCAUUGAAUUGUGUAAUUUUAUUAAAAAGAACACCUAAAUUAUUUUUAUUUUAACAUUCAUUUAUUAAUGUUUUCUCGAUGAACUACCCUCAUGUACAAAUAAAGUCUGUAUUUGUUUCUGCUCUGAUUUAAAGUAUUGUAAAUUAUUCCUAUAAAUAAGUCUGCCGUGUCGGUUUGUUGUACCUUGAAAUAAAGCUUUUUCCUCGUAAAGAA